GCACUCUUUGACAUAUACGCAAUUUCACUCACAAGUUGUUUGUGCAACAUGUUAAGAAGCCUAGGUUACUGACCUGCAGUUUCGAUUGUCAGAUCAUUUUAAUCUCACUUUCGCAAUACUGGUAAUUUUUAAAAAAAUUACUUUGAUUAAUAAACUAUAAUGUUUAAAAAUAUUUUAAUUAUUGUACGAACUAAUUAGUUCUUAUAAGAGUCCCAGAAUUAACGCAAUUGAAUUAAGAAGUAAGACAUAAUCACAAACGAAUGUAUUGUAUUUGGAAUUCGAAAUCAAGCAUUCAACAAGUACAAAAGAAUCAUUAGUUAAUUCACACACCACAUCCGCCGCAGCUUAAAUAGGACUAUAAGUGUUUGUAAUCGGUUGUACGUCUUCAUUGUAUUGGAUAAAAACUUUGUAGUAUCUAGGAUGUGCCCAUUAGUAUUGGAAUUAACAAACGAAAUCGUAACAUGUUGGUUUUGCACUGAAAUCAUUAAUAUCUAGAAUUGGAACCAUAGGUUUUUUAACAUUAUGCCCCCCUACGAAAUAAUGUUUGAUCUUUAUAUCCCCAAGUUAUGAAUAAUGUGGCUUCAUUUAAAAUUUAUAUUGACCAGAGUAUACAUUAGAAUUGACUUCAUGAUGAGGAUAAAUAACAUUUGAUAUGAAAUCAUCCGAAUUGUAAUCAAACUCGAACUCAUUUAGUACUCGUUUUUCGCAUUGAACAAGUUUUUCACAGGGAGCAAAUGCAUUGUGAGGGUAGGUAAUAUAUGAUAUGACAUCAGGAUUUGAUUCUUCUGAAAUAUUUUCAUGAAAUUUAUGAAGAAUGUCAUUGCAGAGUAAUGGACCAUUAGGAAAGUCAUCUAUCAAAACGACAUCAGGUUUUCAACCAUAAUUAUGUUCACUCAACAUAUUUUCUUCAGAUUUGCAAGGAAUUUCAUCAGAAAUAUGUGAAUCAUUAGGAAAAGCCAUACCUGGUACAAUAACAUGAGAAUUCUGACAAUUUGUUUGAUUAGAAACCGUUGUCUCACAAGGAUUCUGAGGUUCAUUUAACUCCGAACUGCUAUAUGACUCUGCACUGUCUUUUAAAAUCGUCGAUAAAGAUAAAUGAUCAUUAUGAAUACUCGACUCGGUAGAAUCAGAAUUACAAGACUUAAUACUAGUUACAGUAAGAUGAACAAUAGUAUUACAGACUGACUGAAUAUGUCCAAUAUCACCACAUUUAAAGCGCUUAGAAUUACGAAAUUUACAUGAAUUAAAAGAGUGGAAUUUUCCACAGGACAAACACUGACCAAACUUGUGCUCAUCUUCGUGAAAUGCAUUGCAACUCCUCAAUGAAUUAUCUGCAUAGCCUUGAGUAUGCACUGGGUCGGAAUGACGUAGUAAUGUAAUGGAAUUUUUAUAUCCUCAUGAAUCAUUUUACGAGGUCUCCCUCCUUUACCGCAUUCGAAAUUUGUGUAGUUAACAUAAUCUAGCAGCAGUUCCUUGAGAGUUGUAUAAGGAAGCGAGAUAGGCUUUUCUGGUAUAGCCAGAGUUCUUAAUAAGCUGUAUGCUUCUUUUCCGAUGAGUGUGAGGAAAUGUGCCACAAUAUUAACAUCCUCAGCAUCUUCCUUGGUUAUAGCACAGGUUCCGAAACUUUCAAAAUAAUGCUCAAAAGCUUCAGAAGUUGAAUAAAUAUCUAACUUUUCCAUCACAGGCUCCAUCGCGACGCCAGUAUAAUGUUUGAAAAUAUUUGAAUUAUAGUACGAACUAAGAGUCCCAGAAAUAACGCAAUUGAAUUGAGAAGUAAGACACAAUCACAAACGAAUGUAUUGUAUUUGGAAUUCGAAAUCGAGCAUUCAACAAGUACAAAAGAAUCAUUAAUCAAUUCACACACCACAUAAACACGUGCAUCAUGUGUACCUACUGAGUCGACCGUUCACUGCUAUUUUUUUCUUGACCAGAUUACUUUUCAUACGCUACUCUGUACAAUUUCCCAACAUACUUUCAGGCUUCAAACAAGACCUCAGAUACUCAAAUCCCAUUGGAAGAUUUACUCAAGGCGUUUGUAGCCAUCUGGUCGCGUUGCAUACCACACUUAUAAUUGUGUCAUAUCAAUAUCAAUUGAUAUUGAGUUGAAAAAUGGCAAGUGGCAUGAUAACCUUAAUAGCGGAAAAUCAAAGUUUUCUAGUACCUCGUGAUGUAUUAACUAAAUCUAGUCUGUAUUUUUAUGCUGCUUUUGAGAGCGGGAUGACUGAAAGCAAAACCAGCCAGUUCAGUUUUCCUAAUUUCACUGCUCACCAGUUAGCUAUGGUUGUUCAGUUUCUGCGACCUGAAUUAACUAUUCGGGAUGAUGCUUUAAACAACCAUAGCAGUGGAUUAAAUAACUCUUGUCCAGAAACGCUGAAAAUUUUAGAAGCUUUGGAUUUGGCUGAUGCAGCAGAUUACUUUCAAAUGCCCAAACUUAUUCAAACUUGUAUGCAGAGAAUAUCUCAUAUCAUGAACGAGUUAUUUCAACCUAAAUCCAUUCAACUUCAUGAAUCACAUAGCUGCGAUAUAUUCUCAAUAAUAUUAAAAGAGUUUGCGAAAGUAUCCCACUGUGAAAAUGGUUGUGUUAACAAACUUUUUUCUGAAUACACCAUAAAAUACCCUCAUUUUAUCCUCAGACCGUGUCUUUCAGAUUCAAACUUACAGCAUCUUCUUAUUAAUUUGGCUAUAAGCUAUUUGUCGAAAAGUGUCAUAUGCAUACCAGACGAAGACAUAAUUUUAAAUAUUGUUCUUAGCUGGUUACAGAUAUUGAAACCAACUGAGUUUUAUACAGAAAAUACUGUUCAAUGCUUUUUGCAAUGCGUUCGUCCCGGCCUUCUUUCACUAGAUGGUCAAGAAAAGUUAUUAGAUUAUUGGCGCAACCAACAUUCUGAGUUGAAGUGGUUUGGAAAGCUGACAUGUGCAGAUAUGGAAGUAUUUUUUAAAAGUAUUCCAAAUGGGGGGAUUUUUUGCAAGUCUCCGUUAGCUUCUCAACUCCAGCUUUUGUUAUUAAAGCCUAGAGCCGAAUCUCUGUGUUUACUUGGGUUAGCUCCAAGUCGUUCUAGCAACUCAUUAGAAUUUUGGCUUUUCAAUCUUCACAAUGGAGCUUAUCAUAAUUAUCCCAUACCAGAUAAUUGUCUGCGGGAACUUGAUCUGGACUCCUCUGGUGUUGGUGACAUAGAUCAUCGCAUUUACUUCUGUCCAGUAACGUACGGAUCCGGUUCUUAUCAAAGUAAUUUGUUUGUUAUGUGUUUUGAUCCAAACAAUGCAACAUUAAAUGGCUUUGCUUGGUGUUUGGCUUCUUGUCGUGCAAAACUCAUCCCUCGUUUGCUGCUUUCUCCCACGAACAACAGAAAUGGUACUAUCAAUUCUUUCUGCUUCCGAUCUAGACGAAUCGGUGUAACUACGUUGUCCAGUGGUCUUUACAUGUAUUAUCUUUCUUGUAUACAAGAGGUCGCAUGGUUGUGUGCAUUUCGAUUUGAUCUGAGCACUUGGAACUGGUAUGGGAUGGAACCUUAUUGUUUGUCUAGGAACCAGAAUGGAAUGAUGUUAUUUACACCAAUCGAACAGUUAAAUUCUAUCCCACCUGACGACUGGGUAUACGCUAAUAUUGAGACAGUUUCGUCUAAUAACUCCAGACACCCACGUCACGGGCUUCAUCAAACUUCAGCACUUCGGUCACAGUUCUUUCGAUUUCGUCCGCGACCUGGUGGAGAUGCAUUAUUUGUAGAGAAUCUACCUAAUCCACCUUUCCUCAUCAGAAUGUACCGUUUGCUGGCUAUCAGUUGCUCUCUGCAAGGUAACUUUAGUGAUAAGACUUAUUUGUUUCCUAUGGGGACUUGCUCUCGUGAUUUAGAGGCUACACACUAUUGUUUUGACACGUUCUCCUGCCAAUGGCUUCGAUGGAAACCGGUUCAGACGUCAGAUAUCGAUGAGUUAAAUCCCAUUAGACAACAUCCUUCUGAAGACAUUGAGCUAACGUUUAAUCUAUGUCCUAAAAUUCUUGGUUUUCGUGGUCUUGUUUGUGCUACACACCUUUUGAAUAGAUUGGAUGAAAACAAGUUAUUAUUACCUUUAGAAGCUUACGUUCAGAACCCUGAUGGUGUUAAAUCAAACGAUCAUCCACUUUCCUCAUCCGUAAAUGAUUCAAACUAUAAUGGAAGCUUAAAUUCUACAAAUAAAAAUAGAUUAACAACAUUGUUGGUUUUAGCUGGUAGACCGGAUCAAACUAAACAUGUGACAUCUGGGAUAUGGUUUCAUCACCCUCAAGCUUGUAAUAGUUCGGACGAAACAACUGCAUUAUUCAAUUCUCAAAAACCAAAUUAUUUUCUACCAACUGCAAUCGCUCAAACCCUGGGACAAUACCUUUCCCCAACGGCAGUUGUAUUGGCUAACUGGACACAUAUUGUACAAUCUGUAAAUCCUAUCACUUUUUUAACUAAUUAUUCUAAACAAGAAAACUGUGAACUAAACAAAUUCUCAUAUAUUUACGGAAACUUUCCUGAAAGCUCCAACUGGUCAUGGGAUAGUGACUAAACGACAAUUUUUUCUUGUGAUAAAAGAUAAGUUAGUCCAUAAUUGCAUUUUUUAAAAAUUGUAUAUUGGUUAGUGCAAUAUGCAAAGGAAGUCGUUGUAUCAUAUAUCACUUCAUUAGAUCCACUAGUUCCUCGUUUUCACAGUUAUUCCCACUGUUGCAUUUAUUUUGUACUUCCAAGAGUUAACUUUUAUAUAUUUUAAUGUGCGUUAAGUUGAUUGUUUAUAUUUUAUGCAAGUGCCUUUAUUUCCAGAUUUAAAAUUCUCAGUCAGUAUUCUUGUAAUAUCUUAUUUUAUUUAUCUUCCAUUUAAUAUUACCCAUAUGUAAGAUGUAUUCUGUGUCCUACAUGAUAUAUUUUUCAUUAUCCAUACCUCAUUUAAGCAGAAACUUUUGACAGUACAACCCACUUAUUUGCUUUAUCAGCUGUAGUUAUUUUCUUAAUAGAUUUUAAUUUCACCUUAAUUUAAGAAAACAGUUUCAGAACC